AAGGAGCCCCCGCUGUCUGGAGCACUGCGCUGAGCUGCCCCCCCCCCCCCCCCCCCCCCCUAACGGUCCGGAUGAUCCUGAAACGGUAAGACCAGCUGACUGUGCAGCUAAAGCCGGGUCGGAUCACUUCCUGAUUCCCCCUAGCGGCCAAAAGGGGGAACUGCGUGCGUCUGUGGCCGGAGGAGGAGGAGGCUGAGGAGGAAAAACUGACACGUGGAUUAUUUCUUUCGGGGCAUCAGGAAAAAAAAAAACAGACUCCCUCCUCCUGUUUUUAGUUCCGCGACCGUCUCCCGUGUCCCUGAGAUCCCGUCCUCAGCGCCAGCCCGGAAAAGACUGAGAAAGUAAAAACACCCGGCGCGGCUGAGAAGAGAAGAGGCUGCCGUCUCCUCGCGUUGAAUGGCAGUUAUUCAAAAAUAUGGCAAAAACUAUAGUCCAGAUUUGGUCUGUCACAAGGAAAACCAUCCGCCCGGCAAGGUCGGAGUCCCUGGAUGUAACAAGAAGUGGCCUGAACACCACAGCAACUGGCCGAGGCCAGUGGCCAGGGUGUGGACGGUGGUGCUGCUCCUGGGGACGUGCCUGCUCUACUGUGCCAGGGUGGCCAUGCCCAUCUGCUCGGUCAGCAUGGCCGAGAAGUUCGGCUGGAGCAAGAGGGAGUCGGGCAUGGUGCUGGGCAGCUUCUUCUGGGGCUACUGCUUCACCCAGGUGUUCGGGGGCUACGUCAGCGACAGAGUGGGAGGUGAGAAGGUCCUCCUGCUGUCCGCAGCUGCCUGGGGCUCAAUGACAGCCUUCACCCCCGUCCUGGCCCACCUCUGCUCCCAGCCCAUCCUCUCCAUGACUCUGGCCCGCUUCCUCAUGGGCCUGCUGCAAGGAGUUCAUUACCCUUCUCUUGCAAGUCUGUGCUCACAAAAGGUGGUGGAGAGUGAAAGGGGCUUCCUAAUGAGCACUGUGGGUAGUGGCUCCUACCUCGGCACACUGGUAAUUGGAGGAGCUGGCUCCCUCAUGCUGGAUUUGUAUGGUUGGGAGAGUGUUUUCUACGUCUCUGGUCUGCUGUCUGUUCUGUGGGCCUACUGCAUGUGGAAGUAUCUACUUAAAGGAGAAGGUCCUAUAAUCACACUGGAGUCUCUGGGCAGUGGUGGGAUUCAGUCAAAAAUUACCAAAAGGCACUGGUUACGGCUCCUCAAGCAACCUGCGGUCUGCGCUGUGAUAGUGACGCACCUCUGCACUGCGAGCACAUUCUUCACUCUUUUGUCAUGGCUGCCAACAUUCUUUAAGGACACCUUCCCUGAUGCCAAGGGCUGGGUGUUUAAUGUCAUUCCUUGGUUGGUGGCCAUACCGUCAUCUCUCUUCAGCGGAUGCCUGUCUGACCACCUCAUUGGUCAAGGUUUUGAUACGGCCUUAGUCCGCAAAGUCAUGCAGUUCUUUUCCAUGGGCGUGUCCAGUGUGUUUACUCUCCUCCUGUGUGGUAAAACCACCUUCCCCUGGGCUGUAGCUUUCGUGUCUGCCACCAUGGGUCUCACCACCUUCAGUCACAGCGGUGUUUCUGUAAAUGUUCAAGAUCUUGCUCCUUCCUGUGCUGGAGCCCUAUUUGGUGUCAUGAAUACAUGCGGCGCAUUCUCAGGGGUCCUAAUGGUGUAUUUCUCGGGGUAUCUCAUUGAGACGACGGGCUCAUGGGCAUCUGUCUUUGCCCUCAUCUCCUUGGUCAACCUGCUGGGCCUUAUCAUCUUCCUGGGUUUUGCUGAGGCACGCCGGGUCGAUAUUGACUCCUGUAAGGUCCGCCACCACAACAUUCACAUCUAACUCCUCAGUGGAGCCUGACUUCUAUUCCCAAAGGAGGUUUGACUUAAGGCAAUCAGCAGUUUGGGCUUUAACCGCGUUGGAUUAUUAUCCAAUGGAAAGCAAACAGAAUUGACUUCAAAGCUGCAUGCAACAUCUGGAUAAAGUUAGACUGGCUCUGUGUUGGUUUGGGGGUGUCCUGCAGAAGUUCCUGAAAAGCACACAGCAGAGCCUGCACAAUGUUACUGAAAAGUCUCAAAGCACUGCAUCUUUGAAUCCUGGAGGAACACAGUAGGGGGAUGUUGACAGUUGAAGAAGAAUGUGGUAAGGUAAAAGCUGCAGUGGAAAAAGCCUACUCUACCUCCAGGGUCCAGCCUGUGCUCGGGUUAAACGGUUUCAGGGGGAAACUGUUUACACUUGGUUUGCUGCAGGCCGUGUUACUUGGAGCCAGAGAAGUCACAGACACAGUGUGAAAGCUGUGGCAUCCUGUCUCAAUAAGUCGUGAGAGUGAUGGCUUUGUUAGUCUCGGAGCCCCCUGACAGCUGGGACUGACACAGGUGGCGUCUUCUCCUCACCCUAAGGGGAUGGGGGAGGUAGGAUUGUGUGAGUCCAACAUUUUGUACCUAAAGUCUUUUAUUAGUACCCCCUGCUCAGCCAUCGCUGAGAGAAAUUUCUCAGUGACACCUCAUUACCCAGCCACUAAUUACUUUGCAGGCACUCUAAUGUCCUCCACAAUUUACCUUCUGAGGUCCUCAUCUCCAUGGUAACAAGCUCAUUUUUUUUUAUUUACGAGGAGAUGGCAGAAAGCUUUAUGGCAGCAAGAUUUCCACUGAAUCCGUUUUCUUUGUCGUUCGGAACACGUUGCAAGACCAAAGGUCAACGGGGAUUUUUUUUCUCCAUGUAAUUGCAUGCAGUAGUAAUACCUCGCUUCAAUUGUCUGAGUUACUUUUGUAUUUUGUGUCCUGAAAGGUUUCUUAAUAUAUAUUUAUUUUUUUGGACAGAAUAAAUAUCUUAAUUUAAAUGAUGCAACGAAUAUUUAGAUGAGAAAAAAAAACUAAUCCAAUCAAUGUAAUGUAGUAUAAGACUUAGAAAGACCUUGCUUUGAACUGUUUCACCAUCUCUAAAAUCUCUUUUUAAAAGGAAUUUCUCAAUGUUAUCGUACUCCAAAAAAUUGCAGGGAGAUGAAAAAAGAUGUCCAGCUUUUGAUUUCAAGAGAUACAUCUUUACUAUAGCACUUAAAACACUUUUUAUUUUAGCACCAUCAAGAAGUGCUGUUCGCUAUGGGGAUGGAUACAGUUAGCACAGGAGGGAGGCUUUACCCGCCCGGGCAGGGCCGGAUUUAGUGCCCCUCCACUGUCUUAGCAGGACAGUCCUAAAUGCUGUCUUUGUGUUAUACUUGACAUGAUGAAUGUUGGAUCUAGUUGAAAGAGUUAAAAAAUUAUGUCCUUGCUUGAAAGAACGAAAUAGAUCCUGGAGAAUAUGUGACUGAAUGUUGCGACUAUGUGAUAUAUAGCUUUGUACAGGUGGCUGCGCAAGCUGAAAGUGAAAAUGGAUGUUUGCAUAACUCAGCUGUGAUAUUUAGAGCACACUUUCAAAGUUAUUUUCCAAUUUAUUUCCAAUUCAUAUUAAAUUAAGACACUUACUUACCUUUAUAUCUAUGCAUUUAUUAUUUUGGAAAUGAUGUGAGAGAGGUUUUGAAACAGAAAUGAUUUCACACAGUGUAAAUAGCUGAACUUUGGUAGUGUUUCCUGUCUUUGUAAGAGUUUACUGUCUGUACCACUUGUUUUUGUUGCCAGACCUACAGGCUUAUGUUUUCUAAAGACACCUCUGAAAGGUUUAAAUGUGCCACAGGUUUGCUUUCUUCUUUUCUUUUAUUUCUUUCUUCUCAACGUUUGUUGCAUUCAUUGCAUUGUCUGUCAUUACAAAUACAUAUGGUGAAAUUAUAGUUAAUACGUCCUCAAUUAUAAGCAACUGGAUCAACAAACACCUUUUCCCGCUGCCUUUCAGGUGAAAUAUGUCAUUUUUGUUGAUGAAACAUGCACCGAGUAGCUACAGCAUGAAAACGCUCUGUCCUAUACAACUUUAGGAGACAGGGUUUUUUUUUACAGGUGCAUCUUCUGUGAUGAUUAAGAGUAGUAGAGUAUCAUUGUGGUGGUCAGGUAGGGUGUAUGUUGUGUUCUUCAAGUCAGGUUUGGGUGGCAUGGCAGAGCAUUUUGUCCUGGGGGAAACCUGAGGGAGUGCCUUGGUCAUUCCUGCUCUGAAAUGGUGCCGAAGUCAUUGAAUUGGAGACAGUACUUUUAGAGUGACGUUUGAAAUAUAAUAAAUUAUACACUGCUCAGUUUUCUGUUUCAGCCAAAGUAAUACCACAUGUUGAGUUUGACUUCAAUGUGCUUUCUGUCAUGGUUGUUAUAAGGUACAAAACUUGAAUAUGACAUGUAUUUCAAAUCUUAUGUUGAUUUUGUACAAAUGCUUUUUUUGUAUAGAUGACAUACAGAGUGUAUUUAUUUACAUGACAGCACUGUACAGAAUGACUAGACUUCACUAUUUCCAGCCUCUUGCUGUCAAGGGUAGCACAUUUCUCAGACGCUUGCUUUGUCUUUGCAGACUAUAUUAUUUCUAUACUUGUAUACCAUUUAUAUUUUCAUCUUUGAUUUCUAUGUUGACAGCCUGAGAAUAUAUUAAGAAUAUUACAUAGAAUUUUGUUAACCAAUGUCUUGCUGUAGGCUUCUGAAGGCCCUCAGAUAGUUUUUGAUAAAUUGUAACAUGUGUAUGAUAACAGUUACUUAAAGAUGCAGUAUUCUGAAGUGUUCUAAAUAUGCGAUAUUUAAAGGCAAUCAAAUUUGAAUAAAGAUAUAUUUUGUCAACAUUG